GUGUGCCCCUUGCAGGUGGCCCCCAUUUCCACUCCAUAUCUAUCCGGGUCUCGGCUCCCCCUGAGGGUGCCCCUCCCCCUCCAACGCCCCCAUCGUCCCUUGCAUCGACACUCUCCCCUGGCUCCGCCCCUUGCACGCUGAGCCCCUUUCCCGCCCAGCCCAGCGCCUGCGCGCUGCCACUGCCGCAUUGACCCUCGCAUCCAAGCGGCCUGCGAGCUGUAGGUGGUAGCUGGCAGCACACGGCUCGCGGCUGGCUCGAGGCGGAGGCCACCCCGCGUCGAGACGGGGUGGGCUUGGCGCCCAGGCCACGCCUCCCGGGCCACGUCACCAUGGCAGGGACUGAGCUCUCCGUCCCUUCUGAGCAGUUUACCAAAAUCAAAGCAUGGGAGUUGAUGCCACCAAAAGCCCUGGAAGUGGUGCAGGAAGAGGGAGCGUGCAGAGGGAGGGAACACCUGGGCCCCGGAAAUGUGGAGGCCCAGGACACGUAUGGGCUCCUCGAGGCCAAGAUGCUGGAGGGGGAGCGGGGGCUGGUGCUCACCACGGAGGAGAGCGAGAAGCACAUCGUGACCCUGCAGACGGUGCACUUUUCCUCCGAAGACGUGCAGCUACAGGACGUCGGCUGGCUGACACCGCAGGGCCGGGAAGGGGUGCAGGGGGCGGUCCGGCAGGCCAGCGGCGGGGAGCAGUCUCUGCUGUGGCUGGACGAGGGGUCCCAGCAGUGCGUGGCCAUUAGCAUCCAGGAAGAGGCGUACACUUUACAAGAGCUGGAGGUGAUGCAGCUUCACGUUCUGGAGGGCAGUGUGGCCGUGGCCAGCGAAGACACCAAGUUUGUGGUGAGCUUGGCCGAAAGCACCGGGUGGGUCAAGCUUGAGAAAGGUCAGGGGGAGGACCAGCCGUCUGCUGAAGGAGGGUUCCGCGCCCAGACCCAGGAGCAAUUCUUUCUCGUGGAAGCCAAGCCUGGAGACGAAGGAAGUGACGAAAUUGUUCUGACAAUUUCAAACUUAAACGUGGGAGAACAGGAAGACAGACCUGCCUCCGGUCAAGGCCAUGUUGAAAAAGCCAACUCUACAGACAAUCAGAAAAAGGCAAAGGGCGGCAGGAGAUGGCCCGUGGGGGUAGCUCCAGAAGUACGUGCCUUCGUAGAGUGGACGGCUCCCGGAAAGCCCCAAGAAGCAAAACGACCCUUCUGCUGUGACAGCUGCGUGUUCACCUCGUCCAGAAUUUCGAGUUUUAAUCGUCAUAUGAAAACUCACAGCACCGAAAAGCCCCACGUGUGCCACCUGUGCCUGAAAGCUUUCCGCACGGUCACUCUUCUGCGGAAUCAUAUCAACACUCACACAGGAACCAGGCCCUACAAGUGUGGUGACUGUGUCAUGGCAUUUGUCACCAGUGGAGAACUUGUCCGACACAGACGUUACAAACACACGCACGAGAAACCCUUUAAAUGUUCCAUCUGCAAGUAUGCCAGUGUGGAAGCGAGCAAGCUAAAGCGACACACCCGCUCGCACACGGGGGAGCGUCCCUUCCAGUGCAGCCUGUGCAGCUACGCCAGCAAAGACACCUACAAGCUGAAGCGACACAUGAGGACACACUCAGGUGAGAAGCCCUACGAAUGCCACGUGUGCCACACACGCUUCACGCAGAGCGGCACCAUGAAAAUACACGUUCUGCAGAAGCACAGCAAGAAUGUCCCCAAGUACCAGUGUCCACACUGUGCCACCAUCAUCGCAAGGAAGAGCGACCUGCGUGUCCAUUUGCUCAACCUGCAUACUUACAAAGCCACGGAAAUGAAGUGCCGUUACUGUACCGCCGUCUUCCACGAACGCUACGCCCUCGUUCAGCACCAGAAGACCCAUAAAAAUGAGAAAAGGUUCAAGUGUGAAUACUGCUCUUACGCCUGCAAGCAGGAACGCCAUAUGACCGUUCACAUACGUACCCACACCGGAGAGAAACCAUUUACCUGCGUCUCGUGCAAUAAAUGUUUCCGACAGAAGCAACUUCUAAAUGUGCACUUCAGGAAAUACCAUGAUGCAGACUUCAUCCCGACUGUUUACCAAUGCCCCAAGUGUAGCAAAAGCUUCUCCCGCUGGAAUAACAUGCAGAGACAUUCCGCGAAGUGUGACGCGGGCCAGGGAAAGCCGGCCGCCUCGGGCAAAGUGAGAAGAGUGAAGAGGAGAAAGCUGGCCGUCCUGAAAGAGGCAGGAAAGGAAGACGCCCCAAAAGACGCCACUAAGGAGGUCUCUGCUGUGAGCGUGAAGCAGUACCCGGGAGAGACGGUUCCAGUCUGUUACGGAGGCGUCGCGGUCGGAAACAAGGACCUGGACGAAGACCUGAGCUGUGAAAUGAUCCUCCAAAUGAUGGACAAGUGACAGAGCUUCCCAGUUCGCGUUCGUAGCAGUCCGUUCUCCAACAAGUUCGAAUUUUGCGGCACGUUCUUUGAAACAAGUUCAUGACGAUGGACGGUCUCGGUUUUUCCCAAGUGUGAGGUUAGUGCCCAGAAUUAUUUGCCUAUUUUUUUGGACUGGAUAUUUAAACACAAAAAAACACUGCAGGUGUUUCAUAAAAGGCCCAAAUCUUGAAUUGGAGGAUAAAACCUCAAAGCUAUGAAUUCACUCACUUGAUCCUGCCGAGGUGGCCUGUAAUGAAGGGGCCGUGAUUUGGAGCCGUAAUAGUUACGCAGUUGUAGCACUAAGACUAUUUAGUGCUUCAGCAAACAGCCAAAGCUGGGUACUUUCACCAUUACUUUUUUUUUUUAAGUUUUAAUUAAUUUUUGAGUGAGAGAGGGAGACACAGAAUCCAAAACAGGCUCCAGGCUCUGAGCUACAGAGCUUGAACCCACAAACCGCGAGAUCAUGACCUGGGCUGAAGUCCGACGCUUAACUGACUGAGCCACCCAGGCUCCCCUCACCGUUAUAGUCCUAACACGAGUUUUUAAACCUAAACAACUAGUUUGAUACCGUUUUUUAAAAUACAAAUGAAUUUUCCAUAAAAUUUAAAGGCACCGUAAUACCUUCAACGUGUUCUCAAUUCAACAAGAGAGAUCUUAAUGUUUUAAAAAUAACCGAGUGGAAAAUGGCAACCUCUGGAUUAGAGAGUGAUGCCUAAUUAUUUUAGUUUGGUGACUGAGUAAGGUACAGUUCGAGAGUUUGUAUUCUUCCUAAAUUAUGGUUUUUGGCGGGUGUGAAAUUUUCCCUUUGGACAUUCACUGUCACUGCCCAGCAGGUCAGUUUGUCUCUCUUUUGUUUCGCUGAAACUACUUCGUUUAUACUUUUUAAGUAAUUAGCAGAGAGAGAAGAAAACAUGAUGAAAUGUGUAUCUGUAAAGAAUUUAUACUCUGUGAUGCCCUGUAACGGGCGGGGGAGUGUUUCUCUUUCGCCAGUUGACGAGGCUUUUCCCAGCGCCAAGCAUUAAGCGAAAUGCCUCGUUAGUACCUAAAAGUAACUAAUACCCACCUUCAAAGAGAUAUAUUUUUCAUACUUUUCUUCUUAGCUCAGCAGCUGCUUUUGCUCUGAACUUCCCCCCUUAGUUUAACAUCAUUGAUACGGGUCCCAAAUUCCAGUUUCUUGGCUUGAUUGACAUAGAAUGGGCAAAUAAAAUUGGGAGAUAUGAAAAAUGUGCAUCGUGAUGAUUUGAUACAUGGGUACAUUGUGGAAGCAACGCCUCCCAUCGGUGAACUAAAUUCAAAUUCUUAAGGUGCUGGUCUGCUCUCCUAAGCCCAGAGCCCGGUGUCCCGGGAACGGAGAAGCACUUUCCAGCGGGAAGGGCAUUCUUUUCAUGACAGCACAAUAGUUGAGUUCACAUAGUAAGACUUGAACCCUAUGGUCUCUUGCAUGCCGUCAUUGUGACUGUUUGACCUCUUGUAACACUUGCUUCCUCUUUGCUGUUUCAAGAUGUUUUGCAUAACUCAAUAAAAUGAAAUGACUCAAAAUGGCUCUUUGUUUUACGUGAAUGGCGGUUCUUCAAAACGUGGAUGUGGAGAAACUGGAACCUUGGGCGCUGUUUGGUGGGAACGUACACUGGUGCAGCCACUAUGGAAAAUAGUAUGGAGGUUCCUCAACAAAUUAAAAAUAGAAUUAGCAGGGGCGCCCGGGGG